AUGCUAAAACGACUUCUCUUUGGCUGGUUUUUGUUACCAGCCAUUUCUAGGCCAGAAUGUUUUGAAUUGACCGAUGUUCCAGUUGGAAGCAAGUUACAGAACAAACUGAAAUCUGUCAUCCAAGUUCUGCACUACACCUCCAUGGAAAAAACCUUCGAUAGGACAUCACCCUUCUUUUAUUUGAAUGACUUUAUCAAAGGCCACACGCUCAAAAUCAAUUCAAUGUUCGAAAACAUGUUAAACGAUUGGUUCUAUGAGAGAAAUGAUCUGGUUGGAAACUUGAAAAUUUACAUCAAUAAUCAUGUCAGAAAAUCUGUGGUAACCUCUUCCUCGAUUGAGGAAUUGAAAAAGUAUCAAAUAUUGUCUCCCAUAUGCAUUUCCACAAAGGAUGUAGAAUUGAUAUUUCAUUUAUGCAUGGAAUCAACGUUUUUCCAAACAUGUGAAGAUGUUCCCAAGGCCAUCCUUGAGAAUCUUCAAGAAAUUCAAUCGUGGAAUAGGAAGAAUUAUCGUGAUGAAAAAUUCAUUAUCAUGAAUCAUAAGAGUUUGAAUUUGGAUGAAAUUAUGAAAAAUAUUGAUGCUCUCGUUUCCAGUAAUAAUGAAAGCAAGAACAAUGCUACACAACGCACUUCACAAUUGUUGAAACAUGUAUUACUCUCUGUGGACUCGAUUGAGAGAAUUUGCUCUGAGCUUAAAUACUUGGGUGAAGAUGACAUGCACACAUUUUUGCAACUAUUGAAAUUGAUGGACUCUCAGGAAAGAAAUGAUGGUUCUAUUGAAAGGUGUGUCAUUAGUUGUUAUAUUCAAGAGCUUGUUCAGGAAUUAAAGACAUCCUCAGAAAAUCAAACAAUGGACGACCUCAUUAACAAUGUGAUGAAGGAUGCAGAGCUGUGGGACGAAAAUAUUCAACUCAUGAUUACCAAACACAAGAAACUAUUACGUAUACUCCACAGCGUCGAGCUUCAAGUCAACGAAUUGGAAAAGGAGCGCAAAACAGCCGAUGACAUUUUUGACAAUAUUUCAGUUGGCGAGCUUAUCAAUGAAAUUGAUUUUAAACAGUUUGUGAAAGAUUUUUUGAAAUCUGCCUUUUUAGAAGAUCAGAAAAAACUCAUCAAGAACCAAUUUUCUGCCAAAAGAGCUGAAAUUUUUAACAUGUUGAAAGAAGUCAAAGUUCCAGAACAUCAAUUGGAGCGUAUUGAAAAAUUCUUACAAAAAACAAUCAUGUCCAAGAUUUAUCGACAAAUGGUUCCCAGAAUUUUUGACAACACCAAUCCCUCACAACGUCAAUUAUUCAAUAAGGAAGAUAACUUGCUGGGUACAAAAAUUUCUCUCCUCUUCGACGUGGAGCCGCUUGACUUUGGAAUUUCACAAAAAUAUUCAAAAGUGUGUGACAGCAAAAUGGCACAAUUGGAAUUACGAAAAUUAGAUACAUUUAUCAUGCCCGAGGAAAAAGUGAAAGUCAUUGUCCACUGCUGUUCCAUUCUUAUUGAAACUAUGAAAAUAUCAGGAAAUUCAUACAAUAUCGAUGAUUUAUUAAUCCUGCUCGUGUACAACAUUGUUCGUUCCAACACUCCAUAUUUAUACUCUCAUUUAAUUUAUUGCAAGAGAUUUUGUGGAGUUUUUUUGGAAGCUUCAAAGCAGCCACAAGUAUUAAGUGGCAUUCCUCCCGAACACGAAUAUUGGUUUAAUCAAUUUGAGACCGCCGUACAAUUUUUAUUGGAUUUUAAUGUGGAGGAGGCCUUAAUGACACCGACCACGACCAACACAGCAAAUUCUUCACAACAAAUACUUCACUCCAAGAAACGAAUGUCUUCCAAGCCCAGCAUUUCUUCAGUACAUUCUCGAGAAGGAAACACGAGUAUGAUGUCUCAAUUUUCUGAUCAACAACCACACACAAAUACCAACUCGAUCGAUUCUUUCACAGCAUCCAGCACUUGUGAGUUAUUUGAGGGAAAUUCCAAUGAAGAAGUGGACAUGAUUCAUUUUUACAAGAAUAACAAGAUCACACAAGUUGAUGAAACCAUCAUGGAGGCCGAUGAAGUGAAUACUAGUCCAAUGAUAUUCAUGAAAUCACACAAGUCAUUUAUUAGUGGUGGAAACAUAUUGAACAACAAAUCGAAUCGUGAGUUGUCCCAAGUGGGAACCUUUGAACACACAAAACUUGAUGAUUUGAAACAUUCUGAAAUUUCUAAAUUAUUGAGCGAAUACAAACAAUUACUCACAUUUUACAAAGAUCAUGCUCAGACCUCUCAAGAACAAGUUUAG